CUUAUGCGGCUAUACAUGUGAAUGAAUUGCAGUGUGAUGUAGUUGCGGAGGCUACCACAUCAGCAAUACUGCAAACCGUAAUUUAAAAUCACGUGUAUCCACGAUAUCAAUGGAUGUGAAUAACUAAAAAGCCAUGAUUAGCAGCAAUUGUCAAUUAUUUUGAUGUCGGCUGUUACAGAAGGACCGACUUAUGUGGCAUUAGGGCAGUGCACUAUUGGGUCGAGCUCGACUUCUAAGUGGGCUUAGGCUAGAAGAAAUUGUAUUCUAUUUAUAUGAUGAUUAGAAUAUGGCAUAAACUCCACAAAGAUCAAGUAAAAUAACAUCCACAUGUAAAUACAUGCAAUAUGCUAAGAAUAGACAUGUAAGUUCGUCCCUCAAUGUUUGCGAGUAAAACUCAUCACCUUCCAAAUCAACUUCAAAUAUGACAGAAGUAGAACCUGUCUCUACAAAACAUUUAACACAAUCUCUACAGUUAUUGUUACAAGGAAAAAAAAAAAUGUCGUUGAUACCAAGUAACCUCGAGGAAUCUCUCUCGGAUUCAAUCCAAGAACUUUCACGAGAAAAUCCCAUUAUGCACGACCAGAUUGAUUGGAAAGAGACACCAGAAGCCCAUGUAUUGAAAGCUGAUGUACCAGGGCUGAAGAAAGAGGAAGUGAAAGUUGAAGUUGAAGAUGGAAGAGUACUUCAGAUAACAGGAGAGAGGAGUGUUGAAAGAGAUGAUGUGAAUGAUGCUGGUGGUCAUCGUGUCGAGCGUAGUAGUGGCAAAUUCAUGAGGAGUUUUACUCUUCCGGCGAAUUGUAAAAUGGAUGAGGUUAAGGCUUCUAUUCAGGAUGGUGUUCUUACUGUUACUGUCCCUAAGCAAGGUCAACGUUUGGCAAGCCAGAAUUCUAAUUAAGAAUUGUGUUUGUGGGGAUUGGAAUUUGUUUAAUCCAAAUGUUCUUUCUAUGCUAUUUGUUUUUGUGUAUUAGAGGAUUAAGAAAUGCUUAAACAAAUAAGAAACAUGUUUGUGUAUCAUAUAUAAUCAUAAGCAUUGGUUAUGAUGAUUUGUAUAAAAAAAGGGCGUGACAUUGUAAAUUUUGACAUUGUUUAUUGGGUAAUUCUGAUGUAUGAUUUUAAAAAUGGUUGAAUUUUGAGAACUUAUAAAU